UAUUAUUUUUUUUUUUUUUAUUUUGAUUGCUAAAAAUUCAUCAUCAAAAGGAGAUGUUUUAAGGAAUUUAAGAUACCUCGUAUUUUGCGAGUUUAGGGAAAAUGUUUGGUAAAUUAGAUUUUAGUUUGUUUCGGAAAGAUUUUUUGUUUGUUUUUAAGUUACUAUCCUGUGUUUACGAGAGAGAAAUAAAUGGUCUGUUUUACACAUCAAAGAUUUUCAUAGUACUUUGACGGACUACUUCAACAACCAUGAAUGGCAAAAUUCAUAAACAAUUUAAAAGUGUCAAGACAACAGUGUCGAUUACUUUUAAUCAAUUAACCAAUGGAAAUCAUUCCGAAGCAACGCCRUUAAUUAAUCCCAUCAGUGCAUGUUAAUUGUCUAUAAACAAACAGUUCAAUUCAACACAGACUAUGAAGUAAUCACCAACAUUUAUUACGGUUUUCAAAGUUCCACAGUAGUAUUCUUAAGGUUUUUUUUCAUUGAAGAGAUAAGAUUGAAUGAGUUUUAGAGGAUAGUAUUUCUCUAGAGGAUAAGACAWCGAAUGGAGUUGUCUUCAGUUUUGAGUAGCAACCAAGAACUAGAGCAARCAAAGGCUUACGAACUUUUUGAGAAGGACGCCUUGGGUCGUAUUUUGACUGAAGUAUUYGAGGACAAUGUAGAGUUGUUUGGAGUCCCUGAGCGAUGCACCUCGAGGAACUUUGAAUUAUUUUCGGUUUUUAUCAAGAAGAAUCGAAAUCAGUUUUCCUACGUUGGACACUUGGGGAAAGAUGGCGGGGUAUUGCGUGACAAGAACAUGACUAUUGGAGCGAUUUUACGACCUCAUUUACAUCGCAGCAUAAAACAAAAUGUUGAUCAAUACCUAACUGAGUUAAAACAUCCAUUUACCCAACGAGUAACUGAGUUUACGUCACGAAAAUUAGCACAAAGACCCGAGGGAAAGUGCUUCAGUUGGUUAGACAUGGGACAGGCUCAACUAUUUUACGUGGAUGCGGUCAAACUGUCUGCAAAACUUGAACAGUGUACUAUAAACAUUACACGACCUUGCCUAGAAGGUGCAGGGUAUUUGUACAUCGUACACAAGAAUUGUCAAUCAGAAAAACUCCAUUAUUACAGUUCCGUGCUGUAUAAAUGCAGUUCAUGGCACGGCAAAGACACAACARCCAUUGAGAACCAGAUAAAAAAUGCUACUAAGUCGAGCAUGAGUGGACCUUGCGUCUUCCUCGAUGGCAAUGCUCCAAGAGCAUUCAGCUUCUGUAAGGUCCCUGUAUCCAAGGAUGGAAUCCUUGGAGCUCCUGAUUUCGACGUCAAGUUAGUGACAACGAAUCCUUUUGAACAAAGCAAGGACGAGUUUUUGUUCUUUGCAGAAGAACUUGAUUUUGAGUUCACCUCCUGGCUGAUAUCCAGAUUAAAGGGAAUGAGAACAAAGGAAAUAUGGCAGCCAGCGAUAAAACAACUCUUCACGUCUCUCCACAACGAGGAACGGUGCACAGCUUUGAGAUUCCUCCUCGGAGUCGUUCGGAAAUUCCAGACAGAAGAAGAACAAGUGGUCCAAAUGGUUGAUUUAUCCUUCGUCAUUACAAAAAUUCCCGAGUGUCUACAGCCCUAUCCCUCAAUCCUGUCCAGGGUCCUCAGGGGAGCUGGGAUUGUCUUGACAGAACCGUCUGCCGCUCAGGAUUCAGACGACGAGGACUGUCCUGAACCCCAGAUUGUCUUCAGACCAGCAAAUUGUCAAGAAAACUUAAAGAUCAUGGAGUAUCUUUUAACUUUACUCGUGAAAG